GACGGUGGAAAUUUAUCCCCAAAGUUUUUCAAAUAUUCUCCUAAAAAAAUUUUUCUGGAGGAUGUUCAGUUUGCCUGCUAAAGCGUAUUCGUUUUUACCUUUUCUUAAAUUAUCUUCUUCCCCACUCCUUAAGUCAAAUGGUGCUUCCUUCAGCACAGGCAGCUUACCUUCAUCAUAAUUUUUUCAGACCUUCUGUUUUUCUCUCUUCUUUUAGCCGGCUGGGCACUGCAGUAGCUGAAAUGCGGAAAAGGCAGCAGCCCCAGAAUGAAGAAGCACCUGCUGUGUCUCAAGCACCUGAAAACCAGAGGCCCAACAACACGUGUUGCUUCUGUUGGUGCUGUUGUUGUAGCUGCUCCUGCCUCACUGUUAGGAACGAAGAAAGAGGGGAAAGCGCGGGAAGACCCACACACACCACAAAGAUGGAGAGCAUCCAGAUCCUAGAGGAGUGCCAAAACCCCACUUCAGAUGAAGUCUUGUCCUGGUCUCAAAAUUUUGACAAGAUGAUGAAGGCCCCGGCCGGAAGAAACCUCUUCAGAGAGUUCCUCCGAACAGAAUACAGUGAGGAGAACCUACUUUUCUGGCUUGCCUGUGAAGACUUGAAGAAAGAGCAGAACAAAAAAGUCAUAGAAGAAAAGGCCAGAAUGAUAUAUGAAGAUUACAUUUCUAUCCUAUCACCAAAAGAGGUCAGUCUCGAUUCUCGAGUUAGAGAGGUGAUCGAUAGAAAUCUCUUGGAUCCUAAUCCUCACAUGUAUGAAGAUGCUCAGCUUCAGAUCUAUACCUUAAUGCACAGAGAUUCUUUCCCAAGGUUUUUGAACUCUCAAAUUUAUAAGUCAUUUGUUGAAAGUACUGCCAGCUCUACUUCUGAAUCUUAAUUUUUAUUUAAAAAAAUCAUGUUGGAGGGCUGAGAUGAGAAAGAAAAGUAGUUAAGUAACAUCUGAAACUGAGUUCCUGGAGAACUACAGUUUAGCAUUCCUCAGGCUACUGUGAAAAUACAACCAUAUAGUCUUUGUCUCCAUUUUUAUCAAGGUUAUCUGUGGUUAAGUUUGGAGAGAAAAUACCACAUAAAACAAUGAAUUGCCAUAUUAAGUUUGUUUUUGUUCAACACGCAUUCUACUUGCAAGCAAACUGUAUUUGUAGUCCUAUGAACAGUCUCCUAGUGUAUCCAGGGACUGCAUGUGCAAAGUAAAACUGCUUCAUUUGCCACGUAGCUGUUGUAAUAUUUAAUCCAACGGCAUAACUUAUAUCUGUAUUUAAGGACUUUUGUGCAAUAUGGUCUUAUAGAAAUAAUUGCCAAAAAACUGGCUGUGGUUUGCAUUUUUAAAUAUAACCUAAGACAGAAAAAGCCAAUUUUUAAAUUGUUAACUAUGACAUUUAACAUACUAUAUACUGUGUUCAGUACACUAAUUUUGAAGCCAAUAUUUCUGUACAUGAAAAAAAGAGCUAUUUAUCUCUGUUUGUUGGAAAUCCUAACGGGGGAUUCCUCUGGUUGUUCACUGCCAAAACUGCGGCAUUUUCAUUACAGAAGAGUUUGCUAUGUAAAAACUAUAUAUAUGUAAGAAGAAAAGAGAAAAAAAGCACAAAACAAUUUGAAGAUUUCUAUCUCAAUGACAAAUCAGAGUGAUAUUGUUUUUUAAUUGUAAUAGAAGAAAAUGAACCUAUGUAUAUAAUAGAUGUCCAAUACUGUAAUUAAUUUAUUAAAGACUGGCUCUCCAGUUCUAAAAUGGUUGUGUAAAGUAUGUACUUCAGCAAGAAAAAAAUAAUAAGCUUGAUAACUUAGUUUUGGAAUAUAAAGAAAGGAUCUAAUAAAGGAAUGCCUACAUGUAGCAUCACAAAACAUUUUGAUGAAUA